AUGACAUUCUCCAACUGUAACGGAAACUCGAAUGGCUCGGUCAAUGGUAAUGCCAUCGACGUAGAGGGUCUUGCUCUCACCUCAAACUUGCCCGACACCGUACCUGAUCUCCUUCAGACGGUGGCGAGUCAUGGCAAAGACCUCCUCGCUCAGGAUCCUGAAGCACGUCUUAAGCUUUUAGAAGCUACCCGAGCAUUGACCUAUGCAUUGGAAACCCCCCGAGAGGCAAUCAUUCGACACUGCUGGUCCGAGUCUACGAGUUAUGCAGCCCUAGAGACUGCCGUUGAUAUAAACCUCUUCUCUGCUCUCGGCACAGAUGACAAACUGAAGAAUGUCGCAGAUCUUUCCAAGGCAACCAGCGUGGAUCCAAUCCUGCUCGGACGAUUGAUGAAGCAUCUCGCCGCGAUGGGAACGAUAAGCGAGACCGGCUACAACGAGUACCGUUCCACUGGCUUCUCAAAGGUCCUCACAGUUGAGAGAUACAGCGAUGCAUUCCCGCUCAUGACCCGCCGUUUCACGAAAGGCAUUAUGGCCCUACCAGCCUUCCUCAAGAAAAACAACUACCAAAACCCCACAAGUCCCACAGAUACCGCAUUCCAGAUGGGGUACGAAACAGACAUGGGUUUCUUCGGACAUGUGCAACAAGAACCGCUCACGGCAAAACAGUUUAAUAACCACAUGUCAGUGUACGCGCAAGGCCGAGUCCGCUGGAUGGAUCCCGGGUUCUACCCGGUCCAAGAACAGCUUAUAGACGGGGUCACGAUUGGUGAGGACGACGUCCUGCUCGUGGAUAUCGGAGGUAGCUUUGGCCAUGAUCUAUCCGAUUUCCGCCGGAAAUGGCCCGGUCUUCCCGGUCGUCUGGUGCUUCAGGAUCUUUCUGAGGUGGUGGUUUCCGUUAAGGAUUUGCAUCCCUCUAUUGAAGUUACUGGUCAUGAUUUCUUUAAUGAGCAGCCAGUGAAAGGAGCCCGCGCGUACUAUAUGCAUUCUGUUCUCCAUGAUUGGCCCGAUGAGCUUUGUCGCAAGAUCCUCGCUAAUACGGUGGCUGCCAUGCGGCCAGGCUAUAGCAAGAUGUUAGUAAAUGAGAAUGUGAUUCCGGACACAGGGGCCUACUGGGAAACCACAAGUUUGGACUUAAUUAUGAUGGAGAUUGGAUCUGGCGAGCGGACGGAACGCCAAUGGCAUGCAUUGCUGGAGUCUGCUGGGCUGAAGAUUGUCAAGAUUUGGACUGCCCAGAGGGGCGUGGAGAGUUUGAUUGAGUGCGAGCUAGCUUGA